CUUUGACGCAAGGGCUCGGGACGCAGCCACCGUCGGCCGAGCGCCCGGCGAGAAGCGACCCCAGACAGAGCCUCCCGAAUCCCUCCGCCCCCACCUCGCCCGGUCCCGGAGCCGCGGUCCUCCCCGCUGUCCUCCUCGUGGCCAUGGAGUGUCCGCACCUCAGCUCCAGCGUCUGCAUCGCUCCGGACUCAGCCAAGUUCCCCAACGGCUCCCCGUCGUCCUGGUGCUGCAGCGUGUGCCGGUCCAACAAAAGCCCCUGGGUCUGUUUGACUUGUUCAAGUGUCCACUGUGGAAGGUAUGUGAACGGCCAUGCCAAAAAACAUUAUGAAGAUGCACAAGUACCCUUAACCAACCAUAAAAAAUCAGAAAAGCAAGAUAAAGCUCAGCACACAGUGUGUAUGGAUUGCAGUAGCUACAGUACAUACUGUUAUCGCUGUGAUGAUUUUGUGGUUAACGACACCAAGCUGGGACUGGUACAGAAAGUCCGAGAACACUUACAGAACUUGGAAAACUCAGCUUUCACAGCCGAUAGACAUAGGAAAAGAAAACUUUUGGAAAAUUCAUCACUAAACAGCAAGCUAUUAAAAGUAAAUGGAAGCACCACUGCCAUCUGUGCCACAGGCCUUCGGAAUUUGGGGAACACGUGUUUUAUGAAUGCCAUCCUUCAGUCACUCAGUAACAUUGAGCAGUUUUGCUGUUAUUUCAAAGAGCUGCCCGCUGUGGAAUUAAGGAAUGGGAAAACGGCCGGAAGGCGAACAUACCACACCAGGAGCCAAGGGGAUAACAACGUGUCCUUGGUGGAAGAGUUCAGAAAGACCCUCUGUGCUCUGUGGCAAGGCAGCCAGACCGCGUUUAGCCCAGAGUCCUUAUUUUACGUUGUUUGGAAGAUUAUGCCGAACUUUAGGGGCUAUCAGCAGCAGGAUGCCCAUGAGUUCAUGCGCUACCUUUUGGACCACCUACACUUGGAACUCCAGGGCGGGUUCAACGGUGUUUCCCGCUCCGCGAUUCUGCAGGAGAAUUCUGCUCUGUCUGCAAGUAACAAAUGCUGCAUAAAUGGAGCAUCUACUGUUGUCACAGCUAUAUUUGGAGGCAUUCUCCAAAAUGAGGUUAACUGUCUCAUAUGUGGGACAGAAUCUAGAAAGUUUGACCCAUUCCUAGAUCUUUCAUUAGAUAUUCCAAGUCAGUUCAGAAAUAAACGCUCUAAGAAUCAAGAAAAUGGACCAGUUUGUUCACUACGAGAUUGUCUUCGCAGUUUUACCGACUUAGAAGAACUUGAUGAAACGGAGUUAUAUAUGUGUCACAAAUGCAAAAAGAAACAAAAGUCCACUAAAAAGUUUUGGAUUCAAAAACUACCCAAGGUGCUAUGCUUACAUUUGAAAAGAUUUCACUGGACAGCAUAUUUAAGAAACAAAGUCGACACAUAUGUAGAGUUCCCCCUGAGAGGUCUAGACAUGAAGUGCUACUUGUUAGAGCCUGAGAACAGUGGCCCAGAGAACUGUCUCUACGACCUCGCGGCUGUGGUGGUGCACCAUGGUUCCGGGGUCGGCUCUGGGCAUUACACAGCAUUUGCAACUCAUGAAGGUCGCUGGUUCCAUUUCAAUGACAGUACUGUGACACUGACCGAUGAAGAGACCGUGCUGAAGGCAAAGGCUUACAUCCUUUUUUACGUGGAACGCCAGGCCAAAGCUGGAUCCGAUAAACUUUAAUACCUCCUCUAAAUCAUUAUUCAUCAACUAUACCGGACAAACAUUUCCAAUUUUCCAUAAAUACUUGAUCCGAGAUUUAAUUUCAUUAUGCACUUUUCAAUUUCCUACUUCGGAUGUAGUUUUGUCGGCGGUAGUGACUUACUGAACAUGGGCACCAACUAAUUUUUUUUUUUUUAGUUCUACCAGAAAACCUCAGCAGACAUCUUGAUUUGCUGCUUUUAGUUGUAAUAAUUCAAUUUUUAUAUGUAGUUUCAAAAACUUAGUUCUAUUUGACUUUUUUAUAUUAAUGUUUUCAGUUCUCACUCUGAGGCACAUUUACAUCAACGCUUUUGUUACUCUCACACACAGAAAGCAAGAUAUAUGUUCCUGAUUGUGAAGAGCAACACAACUGCCUGCUGCCCUGUCACAGCGGUUACGGAGAUCAGGUUGACUCUAAAUCAGAGGAUCAUGUGUGCACAUGAUUUGUGGCCCACGAGAUUUCACAGUGGCUGCUCGCAGUGACUCUUGUUGCCCGAGCAGAUACCUGAGAGGGCGGAGCGUUAAGUAGACCAGGUAGCUGCUGCAUCGGCGGCGCUCAAGGCUGCUGUCCCUUAGCACUAACAAAAUAAAUUUGGUUCAGUUGUACCUGUACUGCACAUUCCAGAAUUACUGUUUGUUGGGGUUUUUGGUUUGGGGGUAUUCUUUGUUGUUGUUGUUGUUUUAAUGGGGGAAGAUAGGAUGAGAGUACAGAAAAGUCCAGUAGAUCAGAUUCAUUUAGUGUUUAAAAAUUCUGUGACUCAGCUACACGGUAGUGUUAUCCAGUGAGAGAAGAUUGUAGUGUCUCUUUGCCCUUUUGAAUCAUUAGUUGUAGCACUGGGAGUAAUUGCACGUCCACUUGAGUCUUACUUCGUGCUCAGCCAUCCGAGGUUGAGAUGCUAACCUCACCUACACCUCAGGUGGUCACUGUAGGGCCUGCUUUCUUGGAAGAAAAGCAGACUGAGUCUUUGCUACUUUGAGUUUUAACAACUCUUACUGGCCUAUCUUGAGAGCAGAGCAAGUUGAAAAUAUUCUCACUUUGAAUAAGUAGAGUUUCUAUUCUUGAGUUCAGUAGUCUUUGUUUUAAAAUGUGUUUUCAAGAAAAAUAGGUACAAAGCCUAUUUAGAUUUAACUCAAAUUGAAAUUUGGAACCAGAAUUCCAUUUAAAGCAGCUCACUGUGGUGUCUGCCAGCGUUCUAAGCCAUUCUCUUGAUUUUGGGGUAGUUGUGGCAUUACUUUGGAGCCCUGGUGGCACAGUGGUUAAAGCACUUGGCUGGUAACUGAAAAGUCGGCAGUUUGAACCCAGCAGGUGCUCCAUGGGAGAAAGAUGUGGCAGUCUGCUUCCAUAAAUAUUUAUAGCCCUGGAAACCCUAUGGGGCAGUUCUACUCUGUCCUACAGGGUCGCUCUGAGUCAUUUGACUUGAGGGCAGUGGGUUUGGUUUGGUGGUCUGGUGGAAUUACUUGCCAGUUAUUUAGAGAGGAGGAUUUCCAAAGUAGGCGUAGGCCCGCUUAGCGUUUUCAUGUCCGUCUCUUGCCCCAGUCAUUAUUUUUCUCCCCCUCAGUCCUCUACAGGUUGUUAUGGGGGACAGAAUGUAUUUCAUGUUAAGCCAGCCAACCAGACUUUUUGGUAAUCCUGUUUUUUCUAAAAGGAAGAAACGGGCAAGAUAAGUGUAUGAAUGCGAACGAAGGUUAGUGUCACUGGUGGCAUUCUGCCUGGCUCAGCUGCCUGAAGCUGCAGGAGCAGAUGUGGCUCUCUUUCCGCUGGCUGGGUACAUCCCACACCUUUCUCAGAGCAGAACGCAGCUGCUAGAUGAACACUUUCAGGUGACAACGAGCAAAUUGCAAUGAAGUCUAAAAUUGCACUGUCCCACACAGCCGCUAGCCGCGUGUGGCUACU